AUGUCCGUCCUGCCGUUUGCAACGCAGGCCUCUCUGAAGAAGAAAUCCAUCGGCGCAAGAAAUUUCGAGUAUCAAGUGAGGAAGCUACUCCCCGCGAGUCGGCUGCCCGAUUGUCUCAACCCUCUACGCACCCUUGCCUCUCCCCGGGACCUCCCCCUUUGCUGGUUUGGCGUGCCACUCCGUCGAGACAUCUUUUUCAAGGGCGCUAUCAAGCUCGGCGUCGCGAAGAAGAUACCGGGAACGGAGGACUGGCUUUGGCCCCACAGCUUCUACGCGCUCCGCGACGCUUUCGAGAAGGUGAGAGGCGUGUACUUCGACAUGGAACAAGUCUGGGGCGCGUCCGCUCGCCACCCGCAGAAGCCCAUCGUCGCGUUUUUCUCGAACCGAGCGAUGAAGCCCGCGUGA